AUGAGUCUUCAUGCUGGGUUUGAGCACGAAGCGCUGGACAUCCUCUACCACCUGGAAAUCCAAGAGCUGACUCCCACGCUGCGCAUCCUUGUGAACACGACCCUCGCCACAGCCGAUCCUGCGCCCGAUGAUUGGCAGAAGUUGGAGUGGAUUGGCGAAGCCAGAAUCGUCCUGAGAAACUACAGAAAUUUCCCAGAUGCUGAUAUGGAUGGCCACCCUCUCAGAUCCUCGCUCGAAGCGAAGGUCAGAGCCGCUGAAAUGGUUGUGAGAAAACAACUCGGGUACAGCGAUGAGUUCGAGCACGAUGAGAGCGAAGGCGGGGACGGAUGCGACGACGAAGAGGAAGAAGAAGAGCAUGCGGAAGACGAGGGGUGA